AUGCGGUUUAACGACGAAGAGAAACUGCUCGGAGAUUUUACUCUAUGUCGGAUUGGCUUCGAUGGGUUAUUAGUCCGUCAGGACCUUAUUACGCUUUCGGGAAUGUUACCGUCGAGUCGCUUUCGCCAGAGCCUGGCGCGGUUUACCCUGAAGGCAACCCUGUAUGGGUCGUGGAUACUCGGCCUGUUACCAUUCACCUUUGAUUCAAGGAAACGGCAGGUGCAGCGUUCCAAAUGGCUCCUGGCUUAUGGGCUGUGUCUGAACAUAACUCUGCUGGUUCUUUCUGUGCUGCCGGAGACCGAUGACCACAACUCUAUCAAGGUGGAGGUCUUUGAGCGAAAUCCCUUGGUCAGGCAGGUUGAAUUCUUGGUGGAGAUCAUUGGCCUAAUAACCACGGUGCUCGCUUAUCUAAGGAUUUUCUGGAGAAGCCAGGAACUAGCAGAGAUCAUCAAUGAACUUUUGACGCUGGAGAAGCUUCAUUUCAGCGAGCUAUGCCUUGGACACUGUCAUAAGUUCGACGAAUAUGUGAUCUACAAGGGACUCAUAAUUAUCAUGGAGAUUGCCUCCUCUCUAUUGAUCUACUUCGGGAUACCGGAAAGCAGGUUGGUUGUGCAUGAGGCCGUCUGCAUCUAUAUAGUCCAGCUAGAAGUGCUUCUUGUGGUAACGCACUUCCACCUGGCUGUAAUCUACAUUUAUCGCUUUGUGUGGAUCAUCAACGGGCAGCUCUUGCACCUGGCCAAUCAGCUGAGAAGGGGUGAGAGGGCGGACCCGGAAAGGGUUCAGCAGCUCCGCUGGCUGUAUGACCGCCUUUUGGAACUGAACAGUCGCCUAGCCUCCAUCUACGACAUCCAGGUUACGCUUUUCAUGGGCACUCUGAUGUCGGCCAAUAUCAUUAUAGGCCAUGUUCUAGUCAUCUUCUGGAUCAACAUAAAGAGAUUCUCCUUCUGGAUCAUGAUUCUAAUUUUUCCACAAGCCUUGGUCGUUAACUUUUGGGAUCUUUGGCUGUGCAUCGCCUUUUGCAACUUGGCUGAGAAUGCGGGCAAGGCCACCUCGACGAUCUUGAAGCUAUUCAACGAUAUUGGGAAUAUGGAAGGGGAACUAGAGCAAAGAGUAAGCGAGUUUACCUUAUUCUGUAGUCAUCGCAGGCUGAGGUUACGUCAUUGCGGAUUGUUCUACGUCAACUAUGAGAUGGGUUUCCACAUGAUCAUCACCAAUAUUCUAUAUGUGGUCUUCUUGGUGCAGUUCGAUUAUAUGAAUAUAAAAUUCACGUGA